ACAUGACAUUUCAAAAUGUCUGCACCCAUGAUGGAAACAAAAAAGGGGGCGUUUUCUUUUUAUUACGCGUUUUAUUGAAAUUCUUUAUAGUUAUUAUUUUUUAUUGGAGAGAAGACAACCAAUCAUAUUCAUUAUGCCGACUGCAACUGUGACAAUAAGAGAAUUGAAGAAUAAAAAAUCUGGAAUAGAUUUGAGUGUACCUAACUAUGAAGAAACAGCUGGUCUACUUGGUUCUACAGUAGUCUAUAACGUAGUUGUUGUUACCAAUCUCGAUGUAUUUAAAUCGCCCAAACAUAAACAAACAGACACAGUACAGUUUAUGAUUGGUAAAAAGUUUGACGAUUUUAAUGAUCUACAUAAGAAAUUAAACGAGAAGUUUUCAGGAACCGCACUCCCACCUUUACCACGAAAAGUAUUAAUGAAAUCGGAUGCAAUAAUAAAAGAAAGAAGAAAUGGCUUGGAACAUUUUAUGAAAUUUAUUGCAGUCAUCCCAAAGGUUGUUACAUCGCCAGCCUUCUUGGAAUUUUUAGGUGUGAGUUCAUCCAAAGCUGGUAAAUUCCAACAAGAGGAUGAGAAAGUAGAUGAAGACAAGGAGAAAGAUGAUAAGGAAACAAAGGAAGAAGAAAAAGAAUCUACUGGUGUAUUUGAUGAAGAUGAAGCUGAUAAUGAAUUGUUUAUAGAAGAAGAAGGUGAAAAAGAUGACAAACUUGAUGAUUUAUUCAAUAGUCCAACAUCUAGAACAGAGGGCGUGGGAAUGUUUGAAGAACCUGAUCUUGGUGGUGGAGUUGCGGCUGGUGAAGCAGAAGAUCUGUUUUUGCCGUCCGCCAUAGUAGACAAAAAAACAUCAACAAGAGAAGAAACACCAGAGGAUAAAGAAAUCUCAGAAUUACUCAAAAUAGAGGAUGAUUUAGAUGAAUUAUUGUCUCUAAAAGUCAAGAAGACGAAAGAUCCAAAAGUUGAAACAGAAACCAAAGAAGAAACUCCAAAAUUUAGACCCGUUCCUGCCCCAAGAAAAUCGAAACCAGAAAUCCCGCCAAAAUCAAAACAAUUUUCAAAUAAACCCGACGUACCUGUCAAACCGAAACCAUUGACAACCAAACCAAAGCCACCAUUACCCUCAAAACCAAACGUAAAGGAAGAUAAUCCCAAUGAUGCGAAAUCUUCAGAAUUGAAAACAAAAGGUUCCGAAACCAUUGACCUGUCAAAUGAUGAUAUUAUGAAAUAUAUCACAGAUAAUUCAUCAACAGAUGCAGAUUUGGACUUGUUCUAGCUUCCAUAGGGCCUUGGGGGGUUGGAUGGCUGAAUGGUUAGCGUUCGCGCGCUGUAUCAUAAAGUCUGUCAUUGAGUCGACUGGCGUGGUUUCGAAUCCCCGGUUGUACGUGACAAGGAGUAGGGUCGCCUGUCCAACCUCGUGGGUUUUCUCCGGGUCCUCCGGUUUCCUCCCACUGCUAAAGACCCCUAUGCGCAAGCGAAUUAUUGAAAUAAAAUUAAACCAUAUGUUAGUCCCGAAAUGACCUAGUUUGUGUCGAGUGGACGUUAAACCCCAUUUCUCUCUCUCUCUCUCUCUCUUCAUUUUGAUUCCUAUUUCUUUUGGAGAAAAUCUAAUUAAAAUACAAAAGUACUUGGUUUCUGUUCUCAAAGGCUUUUAGUUCAAAUUUUUAUGUUUUGAAAUUUUAAUUAAGGGACAUUAGGUAAGAUUAGAUAAAAAGCUGACAUUUAUCGCUAUGAUAGUUAAAAAAUAGAUAAAGAAAACAGAAUAUGCUGAAAAUUUCAGUCAAAUUGCUUCACUGUGAACCUAGAUAUUAGCAUUCAAUUUUAGGCACAAUAAAAGCAAAGUCUCGAUUAUCUCUUUUUCCAUUAGAUUAUCUAUCACAAAACUUAUUCAAAUCCGCAAAAUAUCGGAGAUAUCCGAUGGCAUCAAGAGUUGAUUAUGGCCUUGAUAAGUUAAAUAAUGUCUAAUUAAUAAUUUAGAUAACAUUUAAAGCCUAAAGAAAGACCUGUAAUAUGCAGAUUUAGCUCUUGCAUAAUGUAUGUGUUUAAGACAUUGUUCAUCAGACUCAAAUGGCUAUAUUUAUAUUUAUCAAUUCUCUGAAGAGAGAGAAAGAGAGAAAUGGGGUUUAAUGUCCACUUGACACAAACUAGGUCAUUUCGGGACUAACAUAUGGUUUAAUUUUAUUUCAAUAAUUCGUCUGCGCGUAGGGGUCUUUAGCAGUGGGAGGAAACCGGAGGACCUGGAGAAAACCCACGAGAUUGGACAGGCGACCCAACUUCUUGUCACGUACAACCAGGGAUUCGAAACCACGCCAGUUGACUCAAUGACAGGCUUUAUGAUACAGCACACACGUGCUAACCAUUCGGCCAUCCAACCCCCCAUUCUCUGAAGAAGUAAAAAAAAAACUGGGUUGGCUUAAUAAGGUAAUAUUUAUUAAAGGGCCAUUAUGUAAGAUUAAAUAAAGAGCUGACAGUUUUUCACUGUAAUAGUUCAAAAAUAGAUAAUGAAAAAGGAAAUAUAUUGAAAUUUUAACUGACAAAUUACUUCACUCUGAUUGCUACCAUUGUUAUGAGUCUCGAUUAUCCAUUUUUACGUUAAAUCAGCAACUGCAAAACAUAUUUAAAUCUUACUAAAUAUCAGAGCCAUCCGAUGGCAUCGAGAGUUGAUUAUUGUCUUCGUAAGUUAAUCAAUGUCUAAUUAAUAAUUUAUAAUAAUAUAACAUUUAAGGCUUAAAGAAAGACCUGCAAUAGGAAGAUUUAGCUUUGCGUAAUGCAUGUUUAAGAAUGAAAUGAAAUGGGGUUUAACAUCCUACUGUUCUGGUCUGAUUGGGCUAAUGAAGACGUGAAUGCCAGUAUGAAUGAGUUUUGUUAAACAAUAAGAUUUUUAAUAUGGAUAUAUUUAUAUAGAGUGAAAUAGUUUGUUAAUAAAUGUUGUUAAGUUUUCA